AUGUCUUCUCUGCCUUCCAACGUGCACGUAGCUCAACAUCCCUGUGUACGAGCAAAGAUAUCACAGCUCCGAUCGCAGCAGACUGGAGCUCGUGAUGCUAAGCGUCUUAUACAUGAGAUCUCCUCUAUGCUGGGCUACGAAGCUCUUGGAUCCGCCCUGAAGCCUACUCACCAAGGCACGGAUCAAUCUCCGUUAGGCUACGACUUCCCCAUUGAAACAAUCUCACCCUAUCAUGUCUCCCUCGUACCUAUCCUACGCUCUGGCCUGUCAAUGGUAGACGCUCUACUUGCCGUCCUACCAGACCCAGUUCCUGUCUUCCACCUAGGCAUGUACCGUGAAAAGACAACCCUUCAGCCUGUCGAAUACUACAACAACCUCCCUUACCAUUCAGCUACAACCACCUCGCAGCAGACCACACCGUCCGACAUCGCCAUCCUGCUCGACCCUAUAAUCGCUACUGGUGCCACAGCCAGUGCUGCCAUAGAUACAUUGAAAGACUGGGGCGUCAAGCAUAUAGUCAUCUGCAGCGUACUGGCCAGCCACGAGGGCUUGGAAAAGGUCAGCCGCGUCUGGGAAGAGGGUGUACAAAUCUGGGUAGGCGCAGUAGACCCCGGUACUGAUGCUAAGGGUAUGAUCAAGCCUGGCCUGGGAGAUGUCGGUGAUAGACUGUUCCUCACCAUUGGCAAAUAA